UCUGAUAACAGAGAGCUUCAGAACUGUCUCCCUGUAGUCUAAAUCCCUUUCACUUAAACAACACUACCAAUGACAAGCCAUGAAGACGAUCUCGACCUCCUUCUCUCUCUUCAAGAAAGGGUUUUGGAAACUCCUCCUGCUUCCCCUUCAAACCCCCAUUCUCAUUCUCCAGGGUACCUAUCAGAUGAUGGAUCGUCUAGGCAGAGAGGGAAAUCAGACUUGUCUGUUUUUAAAAAUUUUGUGGAAGAUUGCCUUGAUUAUGAACCCAAACCAGUUGAGAAACAUGCCAAGUCGAAGCCACUGAGUUCAAAUGAUAUUCAAGUUGAGAAAUUUUCAGGUUUGCGUAUAAGGAAGCAAUUGAUCAGUCCUGCGGAGCUUAGCGAGCGUUUGUCUGAUAUUCGUUUUGUUCGAUUAUCUACUAUAAAGAAUUUGUUGAUGGGAGACACCCUUUAUGGUUGUUGGGCAACCAUAGGAGUGUUGACUGAAAAGGGUACCCCGAAGACGAGUUCCAUUGGGAAGAGCUAUAGCAUAUGGAAAAUUGGGUGCUUGGAUGAAAAUACCAUUUCUCUUUUCUUGUUCGGUGACGCUUAUGAGCAGAAUUGUAAAGAGCAGGUUGGAGCAGUUUUUGCAUUGUUCAGUUGCAGUGUUCGUAAAGACCCCAAGGGAUUGGGAUUUUCCUUGAGUGCUACUGCAUCCAACCAAAUGCUAAAGAUCGGCACUUCAGCUGACUAUGGAGUUUGUAACGGAAAAAGAAAGGAUGGGAUAGCUUGUACGGUCAUUGUAAAUAAACGUAAAGGUGCUUACUGCCAAUAUCACAAAUCGAAAGCAUCAGAAAAAUAUUCCACAAAGCGAACUGAGCUAAUGGGAGGAAACUUGAGAACAGCAUUUAGAAAUCCUCCUAGAUCAGAAGGGAUAUACAUGGUUGAUCCUCUAUCUGAUAGAACAGACUCGAAAAAGCCCUCUAAGCCGGCUAAACUACUGUCUGUAGAGGCACUCAAACGGGCACUAAGCAAUGGAGAUAAGGUGACAACAAACAGACACUCCCAAGGCAUAAGAUUUCUUAAUGCAGUUGCAGGGGAAAUGGGUUCCAAAUUAAAAAAUGGUGCAUCUAAAAUGGCUGGCUCAGAGAAGAGGAAAGAAUCUACCAUGAAACAAGACACAUCUCUUCAAAGAAACAAACAUCCGGAUUCAAAAAGAAGGAAAGUUGAGCAGGAGAAAACUCUGGAAUUCAGUUGGACUCGGCGAUGGGAAACCGAUUAACCUAUAUAUUGAUUUAAGUACUCCAUAGCUCCAUAGCAUGUUGCAGAGUUGACCAUGCAGGCUAAUUCCUGUUUUAUAAGUUCCAACAACUGUUUAACUUAUGAUUUUUUUGGGCUGAAGGUUAUGUAGGCGUAAGUUGGAUGCAAUAUAAGCCAGUUUUAUUCCAUUGAACAAAAUUAUUAUGUGAUCCCAAAUCCAGGUACAUGGUAAAGUAA